AUACUCUCACAAAAACUUACUCUGCAGCAUCAAGCUAUCGUUAUAAAUCAGCUCCAGCCACCUCAACAAUGACAAAAAAUGCAGCUCUCAUCCAUCCUCGUCGUCGGCCUCGGGCUCGCCUCUACUACAUCCGGCUACGUUCUCACCCUCUACAAAGGCGAGAACUGCGGAGGUGCCUCGCAGAGACGCAACAUCUACGACAACACCUGCGCCACCACCGAGUUCGCUCCGAAAUCCGUCAGGGUCGAGGUCUACGGUGGUUACAACCAGAAAGCGUACUUUUACUCCACCAAGGGGUGUAUCGGUGGCCAGGAGCCCCGUGGUCCGUGGUACGCUGAUCACGUGAACAAUUCGUGGACGAGGGGAGCGUGUAUUAGUAUGGGUGGUAGAACUGCCAAUGUCUUCAAGUCUCGAUUGUGA